CAUGUUCAAUGAUGGAAUGGUCGAUAUAUGGCUUGGGGCAAGGAAAACUGAAAGUGACUGGUUAUGGAUUACUGACAAAGUAAGAGUGUCAGGACAAGGGUGCUAUUCGGAUUUUGUCUUUCAAAGAGAUUUAAAUAUAAGAAAGACUUUACUGCAUCUAACACCUACAAAAUGUAUAAAUGAAUGCGAAAGAAGUGGAUAUUUAUACGCUGGUUUGCAAUCAAAAACUGAAUGCUAUUGUGGGAAUGAAUACGGGAAGUAUGGAAGAUCAACAGGAUGUACUAUACCAUGUGAUGGUGACUCAACAAGACAUUGUGGGGGAUGGGGAAAGAAUUUUAUUUACCGAGUGGACGGAUCUUUCAUUGAAUGGUCCUAUAAUGAACCUAAUGAUAAAAAUCAAUACGAAGCAUGUGCUACUCUUAGUGUUCUUGCCGAUGAAAACAAAAUAUCUGAUGAAAAUUGCGAUAUGAAUACAUUUAGAUAUAUUUGCGAUAUUCGUGAAGAACUUUUAUACUACAAUUGGCAUUCAUCAAAUCCGAAGAACAGAAAUGAACAUUGUUUAAUAAAAUCUGCGGAAAACAACUAUCAAUGGUUGGAUGAGAACUGUAAUUCGAAGAAGCGUUUUUAUUGUCAAUAUGAUAAAGAUAUCACUACAACUUCUGAUGGAGUAACAACAUCAGUAACAACAACUGUAGAAUUUUCUUCUACUAUGAAUAUAACAAAUGCAACCCAAACAGUAGAAACUACUGAAUUUACAACAGUAGAAUCUACAAAAAUUAGUUCAACUAAAAAAGUUUCAACACUAAAAUCGACGAAGAACAAGCCAACAACCACACAAUCUACUACAAGAACUUCAACUCAAGAAACUAAUUUUUCUUCUGCUGAACUCUCUUACAGUACUACGGUUGCAGUAGGAGAGUCAACGAAAAAUGAACUCACACUUGGAUUAUUUCAUUACAUAAUUAUAUUAAUAUGUCUGGUUGCUAUUCCAAUUUCUAUAAUAGCAUGUUAUUCUUAUAAAAAAUUGAAAACAAACAAAGUUGAACCAAAGACGAAAAAUAAUACUCCAACAUCACUGUCUAUUAUUGACGAUAUUGGGCAUUGUACGUUAUCUGCAUCAGGCGUUGAAGCUGGACUGUUACACAAUCAAGUUAAAGUAUCCCCGAAAUUAGCAACUUUUAAAGAAGAGGAUGAAACAUCAGAUAAUAUUGACUAUCGCCACGAAAGAACUUCAUCACCAGGUGUAAAUGAUAACAGAAUGAUUGUGCACUUACCUCAAGAGCGUAAAAUAGUUGAAAGUGAUAUAGAGAAUGAUAAUGCCGUAUUUAACCAUGUACAACAAACAAGUACUCCAAAAUUAUUGACAGAUACCUACACAACUAAUUUGGUAGUGGAGAAUGAGCAGCCAAUCCCUCAGGAGAGUUUAAAAGUCGCCUUGGAUAAGAUUCAGAAACAACAGCAAGAAAGAGAGCAAAGUCUUAUGCUACAGCGAGCAGUAAUGAUGACAGAUAAUACAGCACUAUUGCAUCAAGAAAAUACCUUUGAAAAUGACAAAAUUAAAAGUAAAGAUAAAAAGACGAGGAAGAAUAAGAAAGAAAAACAAGCAUUUGAAGACAGUGACGAAGAACAAGAGAAUGAAAGGGUAAAAAAAAAGAAAAAGAAAAAGAAAAGGAAAAAAGAAGCUGAUGAGGACACUGAUAAUGUAGAUGAUAGACAGGAGGAAAAGAAAAAGAAAAAGAAGAAGAAGAAGAGUAAAGAAAAAGAAAGCAGUGAUGAAGAGAGAGAAGAACAGGAAGAUAAGAAAAAAAAAAAGAAAAAGAAGAAAAAACAUAAGGAGGAAAGAGACGAAGAGGAUAAACAAGAGAGAGAAAAGGAGAAAAACAAAGUAAAAAAGAAAGAGAAAGAAAAAGAGAAAAAGAAAUCGAAAAGAAAAGUCGCAGCAGAAGAUGAAGAUAAGGAUAAAUAAAACAAUAAAACUUUAAAUUUUGCUACUUUUCUAAAUUUUCAUUAAGCUGUCUAUCACGUUAACUGAUUAUAAAAUGUCACAAGAGUUGCAUGUUAAUAAUCAACUAAUUAUCUUCAAAAAAAGGAUGGUUAUUUUACAAAGAAUUUAUAUAUUAAGUAUAGGCAAGUAAACAAUGAAAUAUUUGUUCUAUUAUGUAGUAUUUUCUAGUUGAAUUAGAAAAGAAAAAUAUCAGGCAAAAACAAGAAUAGAUUGAGGAAAAUGCUAAAUAUAACUUUUAGAAUCAGUAGAACAAUAAACUUUCAGUUAUAUUUUAUAAAAAAUUAAUAGUACAUUAAUGAUUAAUUACUUACUUGUACAGUAAGAAAAUUUUGAUGACUUUGCUAAAAGAAAUUGUAAUUUUUAAG